UCAUAUACUCACUUUUUCGGUCCGAGUUCUUCACUUAUCUAUCCUUCUCUUUCAAAAACCUCUGAGGUUUCCUUCAUCCUUCAACUCCGUUACUCUUUCUCCUUCCCUUCAUCCAUACUACUCCUCCAUUCUAGCUUGCAAGUCUUGUUUGUAGAGAUUCAACUUAGUAAUUCAUCUUCAAGGAAUGGCUGAACAACCGCAUCCGGUUCGUGAGUUUCACAAAAGUCAUAAUCAAACUGCCUUGCUAGAUGUAAACGUUCGUGGUGGAGCCGAAUAUGCCGAUAUUAUUCGUUUUCUUCGAAAUUCAAGAAUUGGUUUCGCGAUUUCAGAAAGUAUUCAUCUAGUGCAAGCGUAUAUUGAUGAUUUUUGGCGUACAGCUCAGGUUGUUGAUGAUACUAUCGAGGCUACUGCUUCUGGGAGUUCUAUUGUUAUCACGGAGGCGGUUAUUCGUGCGGCUCUCCGUUUUGGUGACUUAGAUCAUGGUAGCACGUGUUAUGUGCGUCAAAUACGGGAACGUGGAGUUAGAUCCUUCGGCUAUGCUGAUUCUUUUGAUAAAAAGGAGAUUUCCAAGGCAAUGUUUCUCGGGCAGUGGAGAUUCUUCUUUCAUGUGUUGAUGCAGUGUUUGUCUCCACGAAAAUCGGGAACUGAUACGAUGAGUAAUGAUCUUGUGUCUGGGAUGAUUGGGUUACCUUACAACCAGCCAUACAAUUUUUCUCUAAUGAUUUUCCAAGCUCUCAAACAGCAGAUUGGUCUAAAGGCGAAUGAUAAGCGAUUGAUGAUUUUGUAUCCUCGAUUCCUUUGUCUUAUCUUUCGACAUUUGUUGCAGAAUCUUUCAUUCGAAGGAACUUUGCUUGCGUACGUUCUAACACCGAUGGCUAAUCGUAUCUUCAAGGAUUGUACGAAGAUUAACGGGUCCAAAAGAACUGAUGCACGCCCAGUUCUGACUCCCCUGUGUGGUGCUAUCCUUCAAGACAACUACAAUCCAGAAGCUGAUUUGCAAUGGUUAAGCAUUAGAGAUGGUAUAGAUCACAUCUUUGUUGGAGAUACUCAAGAGCCCGUGGUUGUUCAACCUCAGGUUGAUCUUCAACAACCACCAGCGGUUAUUUCGGAGCCUGAACCUGUUCAAGAGCCUGUGAUUUCUGAACCAGUUAUUGUUACUUCUCUUCAAGCAGCCGUGUCUGUUCAAGUUCCAGUUUCUACGUCUUCGGCAACAGUGGUUGCUGUAGAAACUGAUGAUGUGAUUUUAGAGCUUGAUGCUGCUUUAGAUGCAUGUCCGUCCUCCCAUACUGUUGACAAAGGGAAACGGCCUAUGGAGGAUACCGUUGUGGAUGAGUUGUUAGAUGAUAUGCCAACCGAAAAAGAAUAUCUUAUGGCAGUACUGAAAGAGCUCCAAAACUGUCUUCGACCCCAUGAAAGUAGAAAGCUUGAGUCAUUUCGAGCAAAGGUUGCUUCUCUCGGUCCCUCUUCCGAGUGGGGUAUUCGCCUAGCUAGAUGGAAUGACAAAGCAAGUGAUCCAGAUUCCAUUGUUUUUAGCUCUUCUGAUGAUGAUGAUGAUGAUGAUGCGGACCGUCAACGUCCUGUCCUUGAUACGGUUCGUGUCCCAGUUCCUUUGAGGAAAUUUAAGCGACGACGUGUCGCUGUUUCGGAUCUUCAGUCUUCUAGUCCGAUGGUUGCCUCAGUUUCAGUUACAUCCAGUUCUGCUCCAUCCGACUCAAGAGGUCUUCUUAAUAUGGAGUUGUCUAUAGCUCCUCCGACACUGUCUUCCCCGCUUCCAUUUCCUUCCUUUGUGGAAGCUACCAGUGUGACUACGUCUGCUCAACCGGAUACGCCGAUUAUGUCUUCUCCCAUUCCUGUAGUACCGUUAUUUGAGUCUUUAUCAUCUCAGACGGGUACGGGCAAUGUGUUUGCUUUAUCAGGAAGUUCCUCUUUGUCACUUCAGCCUAGUUCUCCUAUUGAUUUGCCAGAUUCAGAGACACGGAGGACACGUGCAAGGACCGCUUUCUGUUCCAAUCCGCCAUCAGUUCGACGGAAGAAAGCUUCUUCACGUCCUCCAGUGACCCCAUCUUCAGGUCAUACGCCAUCCAGGGCUCAGCCGUCUGGUUCUCGACCUCCUGCUCCUAGAUCAGCUCCAGUUUCUGCUUCGAGACCAUCCGGUUCAGGUAAAAAGCAGAACUUUCAAGAGUUUGUUCGUGAUCAGUUUCAAGACGUAGCCAAGGUCAUGUUUCAACACAAGACUCAGUUUUCUAAGCUGCAAAGUGAAAUUGAACUCUUGAAGAAAAGGGAUGUAGAUCGAGAGCAACAGAUGGCCCAGCUUUUACGUCUAUCCAAGGCUCGGAGUCUUCAGUUGAGUAAGUUCAUAGCUCAAGAGGCUUCGACGUCUGCUCGUCAACAGACCUUGGUUAGUACUACGGAUCGGCUUAUCGGGAUCGUGACAGAUCUCGUAUCACUCCUUGCUGCUUAG